AUGAAACUAUCAACUAUCAUCGCAGUCGUCGUCGGCCUCGCUGCCACCAGCGUCAACGCCCAAUGGUACCCAGCCCGCAACUGGACAAACUGCAUCGCUGCCACCGGCGGAAACGGCACAAAAGGCAUCAGAGAAGCCCACGCCUUCUUCAACGAGGCCUGGGGCCGACCCCGCCUCCGUAUCCAGGCACAGUCGUCCUAUGCCGUCAUCUGCUACGGCCUCAUUUUCGGCAUCGUCAAUGACGACAAGAUGGGCUGGUUCGAGGCGGCCAACGAUCGCGACAUAGUAGCUCUCGAAGACCCUGGUACGGCGAGUGAGUGCAAGUGGUACCCAAGGGCGCACGAAUUCACGCGUUAUUACUUCUUUGGGAGGGAUAGGGAGUGGAUUAUGGAUAAUCGAGCCUAUAUUCGCCGAUGCAACGAGGUUGAAAGGCCUAUGGAGGGUACUUAA